UUAAUGCGACGCAACGGAUUAUGGCUGCAGUCUAUGUAGAGAUCUCUUCUCAUUGUUUACAUUUAGAAACGGUGUGUCUCCUGCGUUACAACAAACUGACAUCGUUCCAACAUCAAACUCCGCCUCACCACGAUGCUAAUUAAAUCUAACUAUGUUUAGAAUAUAUGUCUUGCAGUCAGUAUCAAACCGACAAGCUGCGGGCUAGCCCUGCGAGCUAACAGUCGCUUCUCCAUCUUCACUGUGUCGAUUUUAGCUCCAGAGAUGCUAAGUUAGAUCUCUGUUUCAGUUUUUUUUAUUAUUGGGACUUUCUUCCUUGUUGGAUGUUACGGACUGCCAGAUGAAGGAGAACGUAUAGCGAAAGGUGUGCCUGAAGGCCAGACAAAAUCUUCUUAUCUUCUUAACUUCACAGGGUGCACCAUGUUUAGUGUCCCUCAAAGCUCCAAGUCCGAGUUCUUGGACAAAGCCAGGCAGGCCAGGGAGGAAAGAAAGGGACACAAAGAGAAGGAGAAAGCAGCAACCCAGAUCCAGGCUCUGGUGAGGAGAUUCCUCUGUCGCUGCAGACUCCAGAAGCAAACCAGGAAAGAGGUUGAUGACUAUUUUCAACUUUCUGAAGCGGGGACAACAAAAAGAAAUGCACUUUCAAUUUUCAAAAUUGCUCGAAAAUUGCUAUUCAUAUAUCGCCUUGAGGAUAAGAUGAGAUUUGAGAAGCUAUGUCGAGCAAUUCUGGCCAGCAUGGAGGUUGAAAACGAACCUAAAAUCUGGUAUGUUUCUUUGGCUCUCUCCAAAGACCUCACUAUUCCCUGGCUGAAACAGAUCAAAGAUGUCCUCUGGAUCUGCUGUCAGUUACUGAAAAACCUUAAGCCUGACAUACUUCAAGACAACAAGCUGGUUACACUGUACCUCACCAUGCUGGUGACCUUCACUGACACGUCAACAUGGCGGAUAGUCCGAGGAAAGGGUGAGAGUGAGGCUCUGAGACCUGCUUUGACAAGGAUUUGUGAAAAUAUUAUGGGGCAUCUAAAUCAGAAGGGAUUCUACUCAACAUUGCAGAUCCUGUUGACCAAUGGUUUGGCCCGGUCUAAACCGUCUCUCUCUAAAGGCACCCUGACUGCUAUUUUCUCCUUGUCUCUGAGGCCAGUCAUUGCAGCUCACUUUUCAGACAACCUGCUCCGGUCCUUCCUCCUCCACAUCAUGUCCGUUCCUGCCGUGGUGUCCCACCUCAGUGUCUUGACUCCAGAGUGCAUGGCAUUAAUCCAGACCCAUGACCUCUUGCGGAAGUUCAUUUUGUUUCUGAGCCGGGAAGAACAAUGCCUAGACAUCUGUGUGUGUCUUGAGGGCAGCCACUCGCUCUGCUUACUUGGAAACCUAAUCCAGUUGGGUUACCUCAAUGAGAAAGUCUUAGAAGAAGAGGCCAACCAUUUUGUGAAGGACCUGACUGACAUGUUGUCAUACUGCCAAAGAUACGUAUCACAAAAGAAGUCCAACCUAACGCAUUGGCAUCCUGUCCUGGGCUGGUUCUCUCAGACUGUGGACUACGGUCUGAAUGAGUCGAUGCCUCUGGUCACUAAGCAGCUUCAGCAUCUGUGGGGCGUAUCUGUCAUUCGAACUCUCUUCAGUGACGUCCUCUCCAAGAAGCUGGAGAGUCAGGAGUCCACCCCACCACCGCCGCAGCCAAGCACGUCUCAAAACAAUCUACCCGUAAAGAAUCUUUUUAAGAGAGCGUUUCAGAAGUCGGCUUCUGUGAGGAACAUUCUGAAACCUGUCGGAGGGAAGCGGGUCGACUCAGCUGAAGUUCAGAAAGUGUGCAGCAUCUGUGUGCUCUACCAGACGACUCUGUCCACGCUGACGCAAAUACGCCUCCAGAUACUCACCGGUCUGACACAUCUUGACGACCUUUUACCAAAACUGUGGGCUUUCAUCUGUGAGCUUGGUCCUCAGGGGGGCCUCAAGCUUUUCAUGGAGUGUCUGAACAACGAUACAGAGGAGUCGAAACAGCUCCUGGCUAUGCUGAUGCUGUUCUGUGACUGCUCUCGUCACCUCAUCACAAUUUUGGAUGACAUUGAAGUAUAUGAGGAGCAAACAUCCUUCAAAAUAGAGGAACUCAUCACUAUCUCCUCUUUUCUGAACACAUUUGUGUACAAGAUGAUUUGGGACGGCAUCUUGGAAAAUGCAAAAGGAGAAAAGCUGGAACUCUUUCACAGCGUUCAUGGGUGGCUGAUGGUCCUGUAUGAACGGGACUGCAGGCGCAGGUUCACCCCCGAUGACCACUGGCUUCGCAAGGAUCUGAAGCCGAGCUUGUUGUUCCAAGAGCUGGAAAAAGGGAAAAAAAGAGCUCAACUUCUACUGCAGUACAUCCCACAUGUUAUCCCACAUAAAAAUAGAGUGCUGCUGUUCAGAAACAUCGUCACAAAGGAGAAAGAAAGUUUAGGGUUGGUAGAAACCAGCUCGGCUUCUCCGCACGUCACCCAUAUCACUAUUCGCCGCUCACGGAUGCUGGAAGACGGAUACGACCAACUCCGCAGGUUACCAGUGAACUCCAUAAAAGGCGUCAUUCGUGUCAAGUUUGUUAAUGACCUGGGAGUGGACGAGGCUGGAAUUGACCAGGAUGGGGUCUUCAAAGAGUUUCUAGAGGAGAUCAUUAAGAAGGUUUUCAAUCCUGCCCUCAACCUGUUCAAGACUACAAGUGGAAAUGAAAGGCUGUAUCCCUCACCCACAUCCUACAUUCACGAGAAUCACUUGCAGCUCUUUGAGUUUGUUGGGAAGAUGCUCGGUAAAGCUGUUUAUGAGGGCAUCGUUGUGGAUGUUCCUUUUGCCUCGUUCUUCCUCAGUCAAGUCCUGGGACACCACCACAGCACCUUCUACAGCUCCAUAGACGAGCUUCCCUCCCUGGACUCUGAGUUUUACAAAAACCUCACUUCCAUUAAGCGCUAUGACGGAGAUGUGGGAGAUCUAGGACUGACAUUGUCCUAUGAUGAAGAUGUUAUGGGGCAGCUUGUCUGUCAUGAGUUGAUACCUGGAGGAAAGACUAUGCCAGUCACCAAUGAAAACAAGAUCAGCUACAUCCACCUGAUGGCUCACUUCAGGAUGCACACGCAGAUUAAGGAGCAAACGGCAGCUUUCAUCCGGGGUUUUCGCAGCAUCAUCAAUCCAGAGUGGCUGCACAUGUUUUCCACACCUGAAGUUCAGCGGCUGAUCUCAGGGGAUAACGCAGAGAUUGAUCUAGACGACCUCAAGAAACACACUGUCUACUAUGGAGGUUUCCAUAGCAGCCACCGUGUCAUCAUCUGGCUUUGGGACAUCCUGUCCAGUGACUUUAAUGCUGAAGAGAGGGCUAUGUUCCUGAAAUUUGUUACCAGCUGCUCAAGGCCACCUCUUCUAGGCUUUGCUUACCUCAAACCACCUUUCUCCAUCCGUUGUGUGGAAGUCUCAGAUGAUCAGGACACAGGAGACACCCUCGGCAGUGUCCUCAGGGGCUUCUUCACAAUUCGAAAGAAGGAGCCUGGGGGUCGACUUCCCACUUCUUCUACGUGUUUCAACCUUCUCAAGCUGCCCAACUACAGUAAGAAGAGCAUCCUGCGUGACAAACUGCGUUACGCCAUCAGUAUGAAUACAGGCUUCGAGCUCUCCUAAUUCUGCGCUGGGACAAUCUGCACAGGAUGGAUGUGAUAAACAACAUGAACUGAGCGGGAUUCUCAAGCUAUCUGGCACAUUAUAGAGCCAUCAGCUAAAGAAAGGAGGAGUAUGGUGGAAGAUCUGAUCUCUGGUUGAGCGCUGAUGGAGUGAGAUCUACUCUAGGUCUCUCUUCAAAGAGGAAGCUGCUCCUACAACACAGUAAAAUUUUAAUGUCUACUCUUAAAAAUGAAUUUUUCAUAUAUUUAACAUGAUAACACUCAAAUAUACCGUGGUUUGAUCUCAGUUUCUCAGGCUUAACAGAAUCAUUCUUGGAUCAGAGGCCACCGUUUUAAGACAACUGGAAAGCAAUACAGAUGCAAUGCAAGCCAUUAGACACGAGGUCUUACUUACAUGAGUAAAACCAAACAACCAAUCAUUGUUAAUAUGCUGUCAAGUUUGGAUUUCAUCCGUUGAAUCCAGAAACGCAUCUAAAAAAAAAGCUUUUAUGACUGUAAGACAAAUCCGUGUCUUGUGAUGAAUCUCCAAGAAAAAUAAGUUGUUGUUCGAAGUUGUAACUUGGCAUUAAUUCCCUUGUGUUGCAGCGUUUGAGCCAUCCAGCCAGUUGUGUUCUCCGGUUGUCUGAGAGCCAAACAUCACCUUCACUUCUGUUCAGAAAGUCUGAUCAUGAUAGUCUGAUAUAAAGAUGCCCUCGCUGUAGCAUCACUUACCUUUAAGAGCAGAAAAUGAACUGGAAACGAUUUGUUGACAUUUUUACCCUUCAUGCCGGAGUAGGCGAGGCUGUGCUAUGUGCUACGUCUCUUUUUAUCGCCCAAGUUUAAAAUCAUGAAGUGGUUUAGUCUUCUAUGUAUUUUGUACCAGGAAACCAUGUUCACUCCACCUCAUACUAAUGCUGAGUGCCUCAUGUCUAACAGUUACCCCAUGCUAGCACAUGUGCCGUUGUUGUUCAGCUCUAACCAAUUACCACGUUUUGGGAAGAAAAAGCCAUAGAUAUUGGGGCUAUGGUCCUGGACUACUUCUCUGAACGAGAGAGAUCUGACUGAAGCAACCAUGGAGGCUUUUACUGUAAAUCCCUCUGAUCUCUGUGGACUUUUCUUCAAGCCAUGCGGAAAAGAUCUCGUGGUCUGAAGACCUUUUAAAAUGAUGUCACGGACUGACUCGUCAACCAAAUAAAACUGCUCAAUUGGACGAUGUUCCCUUGAAAAUGUUGCACUGGUUUUUGUGGGGACAUGAAGUUGAAUGUGACCUUAAUAGCCUGAAUAUUCCUUGAGACAGGGUUUAUUUACGUUAGACAGUGACAAAGGGACUGUUUGUCGUCAUGGAACAAGAAAAAAGACAAACCUUCACUCAAAGAGUUGAAGGACAAUUGAAAAUCUUCUAGUUCUUUAAUACGCAAGAACACAUUUUCUGUUAUAAAUGAGAAUAAAUAUUUAGUGUCUAACUUCCUAAACUAUGGCCACUAACUUGUGUUUAAACAUUAAAUGUGUACAAUACUAGUGGAAAGUUUAUGUACCCUCAUAAUCAUGAAUACUAUUCAUUUUGGGGUUUUAAAUUUUGGGGUUUUAAUGGAUUAAUCAACAAACAACAAAAAUUUUUAAUAGAAUUGGGUGCACAAGUCUGAAUAUACCUUUUUGUUUUAGUACAGAUUGUAAAAAUUGCAUCACAUGCAUAGGUACAGUCUCUUAAUUAGUUAAAAGUCCAUCAGCUUGUUGCAGAGAAUUUAAGUUAUUUUUGUAGCCAUCAAUUAGCUUCUGGUAUAAUUCUGCGGGAUAUUUGAAUCCUCUUGUUAGCAGGAAGGCUAGAGAACUUUUAAACUGGUUGAUUUCCUGACUUAGUGUCUGAUUGUGGUCAUACCCUACAAACUUGCAGUAAGGUUGCCAUUCCAGGAGAUUAAUAUCAGUGUGGGAUUACACCCAAGUGUAAAAACUUUUAACUGUCUGUUCCUGGUUUGCUGGCAGUUCCCCAGCUCCCCGGUGCACCCCCCAUCUAUAUUUGGGAUGGCUGUCCUGUUGGAACACACACUUGUGGAAAAGUUUUAAACAUCUAGCCAUCGAUUUGAGAUUAGGUGAAUAAUUUGCUAGUCUUCCUUCAUUGUUCUAUCUGCUUGAUGCAAUUCACCGGCAGAAACAAGCCCCGAUCAUGAUGCUGCCACCACCAUGUCUGGGUGCUGUUGCAGUUUUGCAGAUUUGAAAGUCUUUCCUUCGCUUGUACUUUUCUCCGCGACAUGCAGAGAAAGUAUUUCACCAAAUAUCAGUGGGGAUGUGUUUUUUUAACCAUGUGUGAAUAAGAAAAAAAGUUGCAUUUUUUUCUGAAAAGCCCCCCCAAAAACAACAACAGUUCAGAUGCAUCUUGUUAAAACCCCAAGUGAAUAUGGUGUUUAUGCCUAUAAUGACUUGAGUAAACUUCUCUCUGGCACAAUAAUAAGCUUGUAUCCUUUCUACUAACGAGAUUUUUUAUAAAUUAAACAGAAAAACUAGUGGAGGAUCAAACAUCGUUUCAAAGCCUUUUUUAGUCUUUAUAAGAACUAGACAUGCUCCUAAUUAAUCAAUACACUACAGUGAGGAUGUGAAGAAUGAUGCCUCACAUGCUUGUUUGUCUCUUCUGGAGCUCCCCUUGUGUGUUUUUCUAAAUGAUGUCAAGUGAGGGGUCGGUUAAAAGUGUUUCAGAGGAUUGCUAAUGUUGGCUUUGAGCAGUCAUUCACUCUUUUAGGCUGAGAAAUAAUAUAACGCAAGCUAAAAUCCUUCCCACCCCUCCUGUCAAAAUGUAUAAUCUUCAUGUCUUCAAAGCUGGCUGCACAAUAGUGUUGAGUGUUUUUCUUUGUUGUUUUGACAGACUUGUCUACAUGUAAAAUACUUUUUUAAUCCUGUAUUGUUGAAUCAAGUAUUAUAUAAACCAUUUAAAUCCUG